AACCGGGCCAGAUCUUGAUCCACACCGCCCAAUCUAAUGAACAAACUUUACCAUCCAUCUCCGUAAGCGUGAAAUUCUAGGGUUUAGACAGAAACAAUGGCGAUGAUGCAAUUCUGCAACGGAGCAGCGAAAAGAUUCUUACUUUCUGCCGACAAAACGGCCGCCGCCACAUUCACGUCACUAUCUUCAUCGAUUUCGUCGGCGGCGGCGUUGGGCUCGCCGGAAGUGUGCGGAAGAGGCGACAAGAAAACAAAGAGCGGAAAGAGAUUCAAAGGGUCGUAUGGGAACUCAAGGCCCAAGAAGGAGAAAAAAAUUGAGAGAAUUAAAGAUAAGGUUGAGGUUCCCAGGUCCACUCCCUGGCCACUUCCUUUUAAACUCAUUUGAAUUUCAAAAUGUUUAUCGAAUUUUGUUGUAUUGUUAUUUCUGUUGGUUUUUGAUAAUGGUGUUUCGUGUUAUGUGAUCGGGAUAUUGUACAUUUCACUUGAAUGUUUCGAAAAUAAUAACUUCUGUUCAGCUUCGUAUCA